UCGUUGGGAAGUAAUUCUAGAAGUCGUUCGCCUGAAUAAUAUAGUUUGAUAUUAGUAAUGAAGAAUAGAUCGUUUAAAACAACAUUAACUAAAUUCAGAAUAUAUAACCUUUGAAAUGUAUAAUAUAUACAGAGAUACUAUCACUGGUAUCAGGUUUCUGUUGACAAUGAAAGAUGGAGCUGUUUAAUAUAGAUGGAUUAUUGUCAUUUAUAGAUGGUUUCAGAUAGGUAGUGUUUAUCGCGAGAAAAUAAAUUUAAUGGACCUAUUUUCGUCCGGGUUCCGGUAGAUGAACAGUAACCUUAUUUGGAAAGGGGAUACCGGUUGUGAGGCAAGGUGCUCGGCGUUGUAUAGUUAUUGGUAUGCUUGUUAUAAGGUAGUGUUGAUUUAAUUCAUGCAUGUUGAAUUUCUAACAUGUGUCGUGGACGUAUAUUUUAAAACUUAAACAAAAAGGUGUUGAUUAAAAAAAAAGGUGGAUAACCCAAAACUGGAUUUAUUCUUAAUUUUAUUCAAAUCUUCACCUAAACUGGAAUUAAAAACAGAAGCAGUUAAAAGUUGAUAUCUCAGGAUUGGAUAUAUUGCAAUUUUCUCAAUAAUUCUUUGUAUUAUUUUAAACUGUUUAAUUUUAUCAGCAAAUAUGAAUGGUUAUGUGCGCGUGCUGUUUGUGACGUAUUUGAUUACGUUGGCUUGUGUUAUAUACCUGAACACUGUACCUCAAACGAUUCAUAUUUACCAUGACAACAGUGCAUUUACUAUUAUGGGAAUCGAUAAUAAAGCUGUUACGAUUGAAUCUAGAAAUUCUAAAAUAAGGUCGGCCUUGGAAUAUUUCAAAACGUCCUCAGACGAUGUUCCAGUACAUAAGCAAUUACAUGUUUCUAAGAGUGAAAACGUAAAAUUAAAAGGCUCUUCCAGGAAAUUCGUAGAAAUCGAAAAUGAUGCCAUUGACAGCAGAACACCCAAGAAUGAAAGAACAAACUCUCAUCUGGUACGCGACGACGUUAUAUUUAACGGCAGUGGAAUGGCGGUUACGGUACGCCCCGGAACACGCCAGGGUGAAAGAACGAACUCUGGUAAUAACGCCAGGAACUCUUCGUCUCAUUUGGUACACGACGACGUUAGAUUUAAUGGGGGUGGCAGAGGAAUGGAUACUACAAUACAUCCCAGAACACCCCAGAGUGAAAGAACCACCGCUCGUAAUAACGUCAGGAACUCUUCGUCUCAUCUGACACACGAUGACGUCAUAUUUAAUGUGACGUUAUUAGCAUUAUACCAUAACACGACUAUGAAAUACCGACAUAGUGGAAUAUGCCCGGGCCUUUUUGCGAAUGACUCUCGAUCACUCAAACAGGCCAUCACAUUUUCCAGAAGUUUUGAUCGCGAUUUUCAUCUGGAUUUAAAAUUAUUUCCGACCAUAACAAAGAAUUGUAAACAAUAUAAAUCGAAGCGGGGCUUUAUGGAAAAAAAUUCAUCAAAAGAGGAAUUAGAAUUUCCGCUGGCUUUUUCAAUAUUAACCUACGAUAAUAUUCAGCAGUUUGAACGAAUGCUGCGCGUGCUUUACACGCCACAAAAUGUCUACUGUAUACACGUGGAUAACAAAUCAAGUGAAUAUUUUAAAAAUGCCGUAAGAUCCAUCACCAAUUGUUUUUCAAAUGUGUUCAUAGCGUCCAAAUUAGAAACAAUAGUUUAUGCCUCCAUUACAAGAUUACAGGCCGAUAUAAACUGCAUGGCGGAUCUGCUACAUAGAGAAGAAAAGUGGCGUUAUUUGUUGAAUUUCGCGGCUUCUGAGAUGCCGUUAAAAUCUAAUAUCGAGAUGGUCCAAACGCUGAAGAUAUUUCGUGGUGCCAAUGAUAUCCAUGAAGUUUUUGCUAAACGAGUGAAACAUAGAUAUCUUUAUAAAUAUGUUAUUGAAAAUAGCCACAUACAUCGAGGACAGGGGUUUCUUGCUCCCCCGCCAUUUAAUAUAACCAUAGUAAAAGGGCAAGCGUAUAAUUUGUUCAGUCGACGAUUCGUGGAGUUUUCUAUGAAGAAUAAAAUAGCCAGACGAUUUUUAAAAUGGUGUGCUGAUACAUACAGUCCUGAUGAACAUUACUGGGCCAGUCUCAAUGAUCUGUAUCAUAACACCUUCUUAAAUACACCUGGCGGUUAUAAAGGUCAUCCGGAUAAGAAGGAGUAUGUCACGCGCCAUAUUAACUGGCGCGCGUCAUAUGAUCGUUGCUAUGGAGAAUUCGUCAGAGGUAUCUGUGUGUUCGGCUACGGUGAUUUGCCAUUACUAAAACGAAAGGGACAAUUUGGAACCAACAAAUUUGAUUUACGGAAAGAUCCCAUAGCUUAUUCGUGUAUGGAGGAAUUGUUAAGUCAUCGUGUUCAACACCCACCACCUGUUUAUCCUAAUCACUGGAAAAACUUAAAUUUUAUUAAAAAUAGCAACACGUGAUUAAUGUCACAGUGCGCAGACUCCACUACAUUGACUAGAGGAAAUAAAUCCUACUCCUCGCAGUGCUUCGUUUAAUUACACCUUAUCCUACCGAACACUGUUGGGUUGGCUGAUGUUUCCAGGGUUUGUUCUAUAUGAUAAGGCCAGCUCAACGUUUGCUCAAAAAUUACGAGAUGUAAACACGGCUAGCGCUCAUCGCGACCCUAACCCUAACCAUGGACCUAGUCCAAGCGCUUACCCUAACUCUAACCUACAAUCUCGCCAACAAUCACGUUCCCUAAUUUGUUUUACAUCUGGGCGACCUUGACGGAAUAUUGAGCUGGCCUUAACAAAUAGAUCUAGCCAUGAUAGUUUUUUCAAAUUAUGACUGGUUAACAGUCGGAUUAACAAACAUCUAAUAUUGUAACAGACAUUGCCCGUGUAGAGCGAAGCUGGUGUGAUUGUUGUUAAUUAUAAAACCUUCAUCAUUAAGUUCUCAAGUGAUACAAAUAAUGUUAAAUAAUUCGUAUGAUUAAUUUUGUUUUUUAAAAACAAGUUAUCUGUGCCCCGGCGUAUUAAAAAAAAAUAAACGAAUAGUUUACGUAAUCAA